AACAGUGCGUCGAGCAGUCACUCGCCCGGCACAGUCCGUACUGAGAAGUCAAUGGAUAGUAUCCUUCUUUGAGGCUGGUAGUGCGUGAUUUUUUCCGUAGAGUUUUCCGCAGGAUAGCAGGAUUUUUUCACAGGGUUUGCCGGCUUAACGCCCGUUGAUAUCUCCCGGUUACUGUUCUGUGCGAUCAUCUAUAUCUUCCGUACUGUCGUGUGGGUUUCCCGCUAAACUGAAUCCGAUGUGUGUUAGAAUUAGAAUGGACUUAUUGUGAUGAGUUCGGUGUGUUAAUGAACUAAAUUAGUGUUCUAUGUCUAAUGAUUUGAGGCGAUUCGAACUGUAGAAUGAUUUAGAAUUGGACUAGAGUGUAUUUUUGCUAGAGUACUUAAACGUUCUGUGGUUUUAGUGGAAAACCUACAAGUGGGUUUAUUGAUUUUUUUAUAGAUAUUAAAGUGUGGCGCAACCAUUGAUAGUAGUAUGAUAACGAUGGAGUGUCAACCAGGUGGUCAUGGGGGACCUCUGGGACACUCCAUGAUGAUAGAUCCCUCAGGAGGCGGAAUGCACCAGCAGGAAACUGAAAGUAAGAAGAAACUUUUUUCAGGAGACGGUGGAUCCCACGUUGGAUCUUCAUCAAGUGACGGCCAUGGAGGCGUUAACCAACUGGGUGGAGUCUUUGUGAACGGUAGGCCUUUGCCGGACGUUGUUAGGCAAAGGAUAGUGGAAUUAGCCCAUAACGGAGUCCGGCCCUGUGAUAUAUCCAGGCAACUGAGGGUGUCGCACGGGUGCGUGUCCAAAAUUCUUUCGAGAUAUUACGAAACGGGUAGCUUUAAAGCCGGCGUGAUCGGCGGUUCAAAACCAAAAGUGGCGACACCGCCAGUGGUGGACGCCAUAGCGAAUUACAAAAGGGAAAAUCCCACGAUGUUCGCUUGGGAAAUCCGUGAUAGGCUUCUGGCCGAGGGAAUAUGUUCCCAAGACAAUGUACCUAGUGUAUCUUCAAUUAAUAGGAUCGUAAGGAACAAGGCUGCCGAGAAAGCGAAACAUGCGCACCAAAUAGCGACUAGCAACGCCGCCUCGUCAGUCAGCGGAGGACCUGUAUCUGUGAUCGCGCACGCGCCCGCCACCCAACUGAACGAACCCAGGUCGGGGGCUUAUAGCAUUAAUGGAAUCUUAGGCAUACAACACGACCCCAACGGCAACAGCAUCAAGAGGAAGAGGAUAGACGACCAUGAUGAAAAUAAGGACAUAAACGGACACCCGGAAGACGAUUUCAAACGACAGAGAGCGCAGUAUAAUGGCGACCAGCUUUAUUCAAAUCUAUGGACUCCGAGCAAGUGGAACAUCAAAGACGAGCACAAAUUGCUGUCCGAAUUGGGCGGCGCGGGAACGACGACGGGACAAUCGGGCUAUUACGAUACGCAUUCGGGAUUCGGCGGGGUUAAUAACGUCAGUUCCGCUUCCGACAUCUACGAUACGAUAAAUACGAUGAGCCAGGCCACGUCGCAGAACCUCUACACGCCGCCCUUAGCCGGUUCCUUAGGUACGAAUUCGUUAACACCUCUGGCGCCAAUAACAAUGCACGAAAUGAAAAUCGAAACUGCUAGGAUAAUGGAUCAUUCGAUAUCGCCUUAUCAUUCCGCUGAAACUAGUUCGCCGUACAGUGGCGUUGUCGGUUUGGGCCCGACGGUAGACGGGUCAUCUCCUGGGCUACCGCUCGCGUUGCCCGCCGAACCCGGAAGUCAGCCCGCCUCACACACGGGAUCGCCCGAUCCUGCUGCGCUGACGGUGCUCCAGCCUUCCAACGGAGCAUCGCAACACUACGCCACCAUGUUACCGAAUUUCGGGUACUCCACCACAGCGGGCACCACUAUGGUACCAGGGACUGAUUACGCUUACAGUACAGCUUACAGCCAGUACGGGGCGGCGUACGGAACGUACGGAUAUGGUAGUGCGUCUAGCGGGUUACUUAAUAAUCCAUACUACUAUAACAACGAUAUUAGCGCCAAUGGAAUCAACAGCAAUGAAUCGCAACUGGGUUGCGUCAAUUCGAACACAGACCAAAGCAGCCGGAGCCCUCUGGCGGCGACCAGAGCGAAUUCACUCGCUUCGGCCAAUUCGCCGACUGAAAGCGGCAGCGCCUGCCUGAAAACAGAAAACAUCUUCGCCCACGACCUGAAUCUGGCCUGAAACAUUCGCCGCCAGAUCGUUAGAUUUACUAUGUAAUAUUAAUGAAAAGUUCGAUUUGUUCAAAAUCAAACCGAUUUGUUUAUUUAACGGAUUUUGUAUUUAACUCUUUGAAGCGCAUAAAUCUCUAGAGAUGCUUUAAUGAGUUAAUGUGUUUGAAAGUCUAAUGUAAUUAUGUGAAUUUUUUGCGUUUGGAGUAGAUGUUUAAGCACAAUGAAGCACUGAUUUUCUUUUGAUUAUGUAAUUUUGAAUAAAGUGGACUUUUCGUCGGAGAAUAAUAAGUGCAAAUGCGAAUUUAAAUCGUCUGAACGAAUAUUGAAUGUGUGUAGAUAAGAUACUUGUAGUAUUUGUUUUUUUUUUGUAUAACUACUUGUGUUUUUAGGUGAAAUAAAAAAAUCCCAUGCAAAUAAUUAUUGUAAAGUAUACAUUGGUCUCAGAAUACUACGAAGAAUCUAUGUUAUUUAUUUACACCUUAAUUUUUACUGUGUUUUUAUUGUCUAUAGUAUAUUUUAUUUUAUUAUAUUUUAGUGACUAAGAUACACCAAAGAUACGUUUUAUUAGAUUUUAAUUUAUAAGCGCACGUUAUCAUAUCAACGAUAGUUUGAAAUGAAAUGAGAAUUUGACACAAAUAAAUGUAAUUCAUUUCAGAUUAUUGGAAACAUAUUUUUUUUUUUUGUUAUUUAGAUUUUUUUAAUGGCACGUCAAUUGUAAAUUCGCCUCAAAUUUCUCGAUAAAAAUCUACUAGUCACCAAAACGUACUUAAAUUCAUUAAUAUUAUUUUUUUGUAAUAUUUUUUUGUAAAUUUCCUUACAUAUUAUAGAAUUUAUUUGAUUAUAACACACCGAAAAUGUUUAAGUACAACUUAUUUCGAUCCACUGAUUAGCAAAUAACUAGAAAUAAAAUGUAAGGAAAUGUUAAAGCUGUUUGAAUAUUAAUGAAAACAAAAAAAUGUAAAUUUCUAAAUUCAUUGACCAAAAUUGUAAUUCUCACCUUUGUAAAAUGUGUAAUAAUAUACCAAAGAGACGGCAAUCUUAUCAAAGCUGUUAAGGUAUUCGAAGUCUUGUAUUGUUUUAAAAAUGUGAUAGGCCCACACUACAAAGGCCCCGUCUUGCCCUCAAACCAAACCUGUCACAUUCUCUUUUACUUAUAAGUAUCAGUUUAUAUUUAGAAAAAUAAAUUCAAUUUAG